CAUAGUAGAAGUUAACGUCAUCAGAAAUCUAAACAUGGAGUUCGAUGUCACCUCCCAGGCAAGAGUGCCUCCGAUUGUAAGUGGAUUCUCUUUAGAAGAGGCAUCAGAUGACUGUCAAAUUCUGGAGGCAUCUAAGUGGAUUGCCUUUAAAAGAGGCAUCAGAUGACUGUCAAAUUCUGGAAGGUGCACACAUGUUUUCCAAGGAUCAGCUAUAUGUUGGACAGGUGUUUCCAAGAAAGGAGGCUUUCAAAUUUCAUAUGACUCUGUACGCCAUAUCCAACAAGUUAAGAUACUUAGUGAAGAAGUUGGAGCCGAGAAAAAUACUGCUCGAGUGUGUAGAAGGAGCAAGCUGCGGGUGGAGGGUGUAUGCCACUAAGAUUGGAGGAUUUCCAAAGUUUGAGAUAAAUACAAUGGAGAACGUGCACACCUGCUCAGUUGAUGAUCGUUGGGCAUUCCAGAGCCAUGCAACUUCAACCGUUAUUGGAGAUAUGAUGGGGCACAAAUAUGGGACAUGAGGUGGAAGAGGUCAAAGACCAUGGACACUUGGGGUGAUCAUGAGAAAUGACCAUAAAGUUCCAAUCUCGUAUUGGAAGGCUUGGAGGUCAAGAGAGUCGGCUAUUGACCAAGGUGUGGGAAGCGCUGAGACAGCAUACCUGUCGUUACCAUCAUACUUAGAGCAGGUUGCUAAUGAAAACCCGUGGUCUAUAAUAGCAUUUGAAACAGUCCCACACCAGAUUGAGCGUAGAGCUUUAAAUAUUUGUUUCUCGCAUUUGGUGCGAGUAUCAAGGGAUUCCCUUACAUGAGAAAGGUUGUUAUUAUAGACGGAACACACCUCAAGGGGAAGUUCGCAGGAUGCCUCCUCACCAUAUAUUCCCAAUAGGAUUUGGGAUUGUAGACAGAAAGAAUGACCAGUCUUGGAUUUGUUUUUCCGACAAGCUUAUGAGUGUCGUUCCGGACUCUGAAGAAUUGGUUUUCGUCUCUGAUCGCCACACUGUGAUUUACUCUGGCAUAAAAUGGGUAAGUAAUGAGAACUACGCCAUUAUCUAAUGUCUUAACAUGAUAAAUAUAGAUGACAAUCAUAUUGUGAUACAAUUGUAUUAUGGUAAAUAAAACUAUUAGUCGCUAAGUUAUAACAUAUCAUAAACAUGAUCGCUUGGACUAUACACAUUCACUUAGCUUCAAUAUCGAAUGUAUUACUGUUUAUAAUAUUGAAAUUGACAAUGGUUAUCUGGCAGGUGUACCAAAGACACAUCACUGUGCGUGCCUGAUGUACAAAGAAACGUUCAAACCAUCUUCAAGAAGAAUUGCCUGAUUUACCUGAUAGCAAAGGCUUACCGGUUGGAAGACUUCUACAUUCACUUCAACGAGAUUAAGGUUAUUGAGAUUGUCUGUGCAUAUUACUUGAUGAGGAUUGGGUUUGAGCACUGAGCUAGCUCGCAAUUCUGAGGAGCACGAUACAACAUAAUUACUAGCAACCUAGAUGAGUAUCUGAACUCCGCACUUUCUAGCGCCAUGGAGUAUCCAAUAAUGGCACUGAUCGAGUACAUUCGGACCAUGCUAAUGAGAUGGUUUUAUACUAAGUGUGCUGCUGCGGCAGUAUUGGGUUUGAGCACUGAGCUAGGUCCCAAUUCUCAGGAGCAGGAUACAACAUAAUGACUAGAAACCUAGCUGAGUUUCUCGACUCCGCUCGUUCUAGAGCCAGGGAGUAUCCAAUAAUGGCACUGAUCGAGUACAUUCGAAUCAUGCUAAUGAGAUGGUUUUAUACUAGGCGUGCUGCAGAAGCAACAAAUGUUAACUGAUCUCACUCAAAUUACCCUAAGGAGUAAAUUACUCUCUCAAAUAAGAUGUUCAAUUAUUGUACUUAGGGAUCAAAUCCACAAGGAGCUAGGGAACCUAAUAAAUCUAAUCAGAGUGAUUAAGCUUGGUUGAUUAUGUUUAAACGUAAAUAGCAAGUUGUGAGCAAUGUAGUUGCUCGGUUGGUUUGAUUGGGUGUUUGACACUUAAAUGAAAUAACUAGACUUAGGGUUUCUAUUCAGGUAAUCAUGAUUAUAAUUCUACAGAUGCUUAAGAGUUGUAUGCAUGAUAUUAUAGAGCUCAAUCACUUGAAAACAAACCGAUCGGCGUUCGCUUUCUAGGUUUGUCAAUUUACCAGAUCUAAUGGUCUCAGCAGUAGGUCAGACCAAUUAGAAAGUGUCGAUCGAUGAUUCUAGAGGAAUAUUGAUCGAUACACCUUUUGUACUGUAGAUCCAUUAUUCUAUUGGAAUAUCGAUCGACACGCUCUUAGUCAAGCUUUACGCGCAGGUUGAAUAAUUUUCACUAGACUUACUAGAUCAGCUUUCGACUUAAUCUAACAAUCCUAGCUCAAUUAGCACGGAUUCAGGAUGAGAUUCAAGUGUUAACUUGUGCCUACAAUUCCUAGGUCAAGGUUCUAGUUAGC